AUGUUGUUCCUAUUAGGAAGGCUACCAAGGUCCUACCCGAUUAUGAUGCUCAUAGUAACGAACCUGGUGAUUUCAAUGCCCGCACCGCCUAUCAAACGUUCACCGGAAAACGCGUCAGCUGGUUUCUCCACCGUCCCAAAGAUCCUGGAGAUCCAACUGCCCUUGAAAAUCGCCUCGAAGGACGAUCUGGUCGCGUGGGCGAAGUACGUGAUGGGUCUAAUGGCCUCCAGGAUCAAUAUCACGUUAACUACCAUAAAAGACCCUAAUGCUACUGGUAACACCAAGGCUCCAGACGCAGCUUUCGACAACACGGUGCAACCUCAAAUUAUGAGGGAUUUGCAGAGGAACCCGCAGGUCAACCAAAUGGGUGUUCGUAAUUUGAUGAACAUGAACCAGAACGUGAGAUACGCGGCGAACGUGAAUAAUCUCAACAUGAAAAAUGUGGAGCUUCCCGCGACCGUGAGGCCGUUAGAAAAUGGCCGACGGUCAGAGAUGAUCAGAGUUCCUGUGAGACACGGAAACUUUCCGAUUGUGGAGAAACAAUUUGUCAGUCCACACUUCUCGACGUUUGCGAUCAAUGGAGUUACUUCGAAUAGUUUAUUCAAACAGACACCGAGUUUCACCAACUUGGGAUUUUUCGAUACCACUAUUCCCAGUCCGCUGGAGAUAUCGGCGAAUAUAAAUUUACCUAAGGAGUCGUUCAAGAAUAUUUUUAAUAGUCCGAAGAUAUCGGAACCGCAGUACUUUGUUCCACCGUUGCCCGACCCUGGACUGCCUGAUCUGAAAAACAAUAAUCUUCUGCCGAAAAAUUUGAGCCUUGCCACGACUCCCGCGAGGACUUAUCUUCCUGUUGCUACGACUGACAACAUUAAGAACCCGAAUGAUCCUUUCGUUACUAGAUAUUUUUUCGAUGGUGUAGAGAGGAAGGUUCCUAACAAUCUGGCGUUCUUUAAUCUGAACGCUAGCUUCACUACUAAUAACCCGAUUUUCAAUGAUAAAAUCCCGAUACCGAUACGAAGCGUCGAGCCUCAAAGAAACUCGACAGUCAACGUAAAACCGCUUCUGAAGGUUCCCUUCGAGGCUGUGAUCACGUUCACGAGAGAAAACGCGGGAGAAACGACGACAUGGAGAAGCGACAGAGACAAAUAUGUCUUGAUACCGACCAGAGAUCCUCCCGACGAGUUUCCACCGUACUUCGACACCAAUUAUACGUUGACGAACGAGUCUGGGCAGAUAAACGUGGUGUUCGAGGAUGACAAAGAGGUGACGUUCACCACGAACGAUAAGAAAGAAGAGAAGAAGAGUAAAGGGAAGAAGCAGGAAUCUUCGAAGAAGCAAACGAAGAAGAAGAGUAAGGGACCGUCGGUUGUGGGUCAGUUCUUGAAGACCUUCGCGGCGUUGAGGAAUAACAAUAGCUUGACGACGGAUCUGAAGCCUCCUCCGUUGGACUCUCAAAAGAAGACGACGACUCAGAGAGCUCCGGUCGCUCAGAAAGUUCCUGUGGCUCAAAGGUAUCCGCCUCCGAGAACACAGAAUGCGUACAACAAAAGGCCGCCGUCAGCGUUGAAACAAGGAAGACGUGGUCAGACGUCACUGGCGCAGGAAAUUGAGGAUGACGAUAACGGGAGUGACGAUAACGGAAGUGACGGUAAGAGCGAAGAGAGCACCGAGAAGAACGACGACGACGAAGACGACAACGGAAAGGACGACGUCGAGAGCAAUGAAGGAAACGAUGAUAAUGGCUCCAACGAAAGUUCAAGCAGCGAAAGCGAGGAAGACGACGAAGAGGAAGGUGGUUUCGUCCAGGCUCUUCUCGAGUUGUUUAAUAUUGCAGCACCGAUUUUGGAGGAUCUUAGUGACCCUGAAUCAGACGCGGACUUAGCUGAUGUGUUCAGUGCUGCCCUUCCGUUCCUCGAGGAAUUAUCUGAGGGAGACGGCGAGAACCCAGGAUUCGACAUUCCGGGAAUAUUAGUGCCCAUAUUACUAAAACUUAGCGAAAACGAAGAUGGACCAACGGAUUCAGCGGCAAUUCUGACACCGCUUAUUCAGACAAUUGCCCCGUUAAUUGGACCUCUUGUUGGUCCACUGAUUAUGCCAUUGAGUCGACAAAUCAGUAACCCCAUAGGUGAAGGUGGGUCAUCGAUCACGGACCUACUAAACAGUGUGCUAGCUUCGUUGCUUCAGCCUAUCGGACCUGGAAAAAUGUCCCAACUAUCGAAUCUCGUCGCCGGAGUUCUCUCUAGUCUUAGCAAAUAUUCCGCAGCUGACGGCAAUUCGGACGUCAUGGGUCUCGUAAAAGCUGUGGUCGCAGGAACCAUAGCUGGCACCAGUGCAGCCUCCAGCGGUCACAAGGACUAUGGCCGCCCCAGCUAUGGUGCCGACAGUUACAGUGGUAGACCUUCUACCAAUACCUCGCUUGGCGAUUCGGUCAAAGACAUUCUUAAUUCUGUAGUAAAAUUGGUCGGGUCGUUAGUGAACGUCGUCACCGGGGUUCUGAGCUCUUCCUCAAAUAGUGGCGAGGAUCCAUCGCCUAGUUACGGUCCACCACGUCCUUCUUAUGGUCCACCACGUCCCUCUUAUAGUACACCUCGUCCCUCUUAUUCUACACCACGUCCUACUUAUGGUGCACCUCGUCCGAUGCAAGCUUUCGCGGUUCCUCCUAGCGACUCCAUUAGUAUUACUACUAGCAACCCGAAACGAUUCUUGAGACUGUGAACAAAAAUAACACGUUGAAUGUCUAGUGUGUCGGAGUAAAAUUUUAUUUUAGAUUGGAGGAUUUUGAAAUUAUUGGGCGGAGUCAAUUUUAGGAAGGGUUUGUAUGUUGGAUAAUGGAUUGUGUGGUGGUGUACGUAGAAAUUUGAUGUGUGAGGAUGCAACGCGUAGGAAU